GCUGUGAAAUGUUAAACAUUUUAGGACGAUGAUUGUCUAUGGCUAACUAUUUUUGCAUCCCUCGAUUUUCCGGGAGAAAAAGAAAAUAUGUCUAUCCCUUACAGUGGAACUGUACGAAGAUCAGGGGGUGUAGUAUCAGCAAUUGCGAAACAACUCAGGGGUGUAAAUCUCAAGGCAGCUAAAAGAAUCACCGUCAAAUUUGAUCCUUUUAGUGAUAAUGUUGGGCAUACAAGGAACUUUCUUCAUUUUAUAAGUUCACCAAAAAUUGCUGUAACAAAUCCAAACUGCUCCCUUAAAACUGAGGUAGUGUGUGAUCGUAGUGAACCAACAAUUAACAUAUCUAUUGCUCCUUCAAUUGCAGAAUCAGCAAAAGUGAAAAACGUGGUAAUCAAAAGUAGCAACCUUACAUGCUUAGAAAUUCUACAAUUAUUGAAUAAGCAUAUCUCCUCACUGGCUCCAGUGGAACAAGUGUCUUCAGUUGUGCAAACUAAAUCUGAGAAAAAGAAAACAAAAAAGAAGUAA